AUGCGCUACACAAUGGUGUCUCCGGUGGAACAAAGAACUUCACACCGUGUCAAGAGUGAGAUGCAUCUGGCAACCAGGUUUAGAGACACCAUCAAUGGCUUAAAGGGGCCGUCAGCCUUGAUGAACCUGAAAGGUCUGGACCUUGUGAACGGAUACAGCGUUGAGUAUAUGAACUGUGUCCUACAAGGUGUUGCAAAGCAGUUGACAGAAACAAUCCUAGCAAGUUCAAACUCUGACCAGCGCUUCUAUUCUGGUGCACCAUCAGCACUUUCCCGAAUAGAUGUACGGCUGUUGUCCAUCAAGCCACCUCACUGCAUUACAAGGCUACCACGGUCCAUUCAAGAAAGAAGCCAUUGGAAGGCAUCUGAAUGGAGAAACUGGCUCCUUUUUUAUGCUCUGCCUUGCCUUAACGACAUUCUGCAUCAAGAGUACUGGAGGCACCUUUCUAAGCUUUGUGAGGGUAUAUAUAUGCUGCUUCAAGAGGAACUCACCGUUCCUGAAAUUGACAAAGCCGAGUCUCUUCUGAAGAACUUCGUGUCAAGGUGUGAAGCAUUAUAUGGUAUGGAAUUCAUGACGUAUAAUGUCCAUGCACUCCUCCACCUUGGAAACUGUGCUCGUUCCCUUGGGCCCCUUUGGGAACAUUCUGUCUUUGUUUUUGAAGGGGGCAAUGGCACCAUUCUGCAGCAGAUUUCUGCAGUUAAGGGCCUUCCGGACCAAAUUGUAGAACGUGUCAUCAUGUUCCAGCAGCUACAGCGUGUGCUUGCAAGUCCACUUCUAUCUUCUGAAUAA